GAAUUUGCAAUAACGAAGUCGCGGCGUCCAUGUUUCACAGAAAUUCAUGUUAAUUUUGUAUUGUAAACAGUGUAUUGCAUUAUCUGAAAAUGUCGUCCGGAUUAUUUAACAAAGCUCUUAAGGGUUUUGGCUUGUCCAUAACUACUUCAAGAAACGGCGGACGCUCUUUUCGAGAUGAGCAUGAUGACAGAAUGAGUGAUCCUUAUUCACCUUCACCAUCAGAAGGUAAACAAACUCGUGGAUCAUUGAGACGUGGUAGAGAUCAUUGGCGUGGAUCUAGACGAGGAAGGUACACAGGUAGAAAUAGAGGUAGAUCAAGAGGACAUGUACGUGGACGAGGUCGUGGCAACAAUCAGUAUUCAAGUAGCGAAUCACCAUCAGAAGAUAACAGUUUUGAUGGUGAUGGUGAUGUAGACAUGGAGUCUGGUGGAGGCAUGACACAGUCAAGAUAUACACCUUACUCUAGGCCUGUAAGACAACAUUCUGGAGGUAAAUUUUACAAUGCAAGAUUCAGUGGGAAUCAAUGUGAUCAAACAUGGAAUAGAGUAAUGAUUCCAUAUGGUCGUAAUCAUAACAAAGAAUGGUUGUUGAACAAAUUGCAAAAAUCUUGUGAUGUCACAAUUCAACCUAUUAAGUUCCAUUACUACGAUGACAACGCCAUUUUUUUUGUUAAUGACCAACGUUCUGCAACUGCGUUACGUUCUAUCAGCGGUACCAUCAUGGUUCGUGACGGUUCUAAAUUGCUUCUACACGUUAGACCGUGCAAGCCUCCCAACAUAACUGGUCUUGAUGAACCAGACGGUGAAGAGUCAAUAGACCCUGAAGUCUUGAAGCGUUCUCUCGAUACUCGAUAUGAUUCAAGUACAGAUACUUUGGAUUUAAGUAAUUUUUACAACGAUAGAGUUCUUAAAGAGAAUGACAUGCAAGGAAUUUUAAAUAAAUUUGGAUUACUUGGAACGAUCGUGACUUUGAUCAAGGAACAUUGUCAACAGCUCAAAAAAAUUAAUCUUCGAGGUAACAGACUGUUUAGUUUGGAUUCCUUGAAAGAUUUACAUGAAGCGGCUCCAGGAAUUGUUACUUUAGAUCUCGGAGAAAACAAUAUACGGCAUCUCAACGAACUGCGAAAGUUAAAAUCUUUAAAAGAACUAAAAAGUUUGGUGUUAAAUGGUAAUCCACUUUGUGAUGGUUACGCAAGAAGUCAAGCCAGAUAUAUAAGUGAUGUCACAAGUAUAUUUCCAAAGUUAACAAUGUUGGACGAGUGUGAGUUACCUCCUCGUAUUGGAUUUGAUGUGCCGUCAGCAUCAAACUUACCUGAAAUCAAAGGAAGUUUUGUUCGUGACGAAAAUGUGAAAAAAUUGGUAUUACCUUUCAUCAAACAGUAUUUUGCCAUUUAUGACUCGGAAGACAGAAAAAACUUACUUAAUGUUUAUGAUAAUGAGGCUGUCUUUUCUAUGUGUGUCGUCGAUUUCAGCAAAGACCGUGGAAGCUCUUUCAACUCUCUGAGCGUUUACCGCAAGUACAGUAGGAAUAUGAAAUAUCUUUACGACAUUGAUCGAAGAUGCGACCUUAUAAAAUCAUCGCAACUUGCUGUAGUUGCAUUUCUUAAUGAGUUGCCAUCGACAAAACACCACGUCGAAAGUUUUAUAGUCGACGUCAGUUUAUUGAAGGAAACGUGCAUUGGUUUCACAAUCUGUGGACUGUUUAAGGAAGGAAAAUCUGAAGAUUUGCGAGCGUUCACUCGCGCUAUGAUUGCUGUUCCUGCACCAAACAACUCAAUUUUAAUAAUAAACGACCAACUGACAUUAAAAAGUCCGACGCAAGAACAGCGCAAGAAUGCUAAUAAUUCCCCAGGCUUUGGUGUCGUAGCUGCUCCAAUAAAUUUAUUCCCAGUCUCCGCCACUCCUGUAUCGUCGCCGAAUCCUCUGGCCUCUCUAGGCCCGCAAACUAUAACCAGUUCACAAGUAGGAACAAACUCACAGUUGGCAGUUAGCGCAUUAAAUAUGGCGAGUUCAAUUUCUGGACUUAGUUCUCAGCAACAAGAAAUGUUGAAACAAUUUUCAAGUCAAUCAAACAUGAAUCUUCAGUGGUCGUAUAAGGCACUCUCGGACAAUGGCUGGGACUUUAACAAAACAGCAGAAGUUUUUACAAAACUUCAUUCACAAGCAAAGAUACCCAAAGAAGCAUUUACCAAGUUGGAGGCUGACUCGUAAAUGAAACAUUUAAUGAUAUCCUUCAGAAUAUGUUCCUUCUCCACACUGCCCACAGUUUCGAAAAUAUAUCAUUGACUGUUUAUUGACUAAAAAGAAAUUUUUGUUUCUUUUGCACGUCAUCCAAGAUAUAAAAUUUGUCAUUGCAGACGACGUUAAAGUUUGACAAUAUUGACUGGUCGUUGUCGUGUUUUUUUUUAAGAAAUUUGACAUUCAAUUGGAUGAUAGAUAAAUGAAAAAGUCUAUACCUUACCAAGAUGACUUAAUCACGUGAAUAAAUAACUGUGUCGGUUCUCUGAAA